CCCGCGGCGAAACGACGUGUGCUAGUACCCGAGUGAUUUUAGUGCCCGAACGAGUGCAGUGCCCGUGUGCAGUCAGUGCAGUGCCAGUGCUAUGCGCGCGCGGUCCCGGCGCCGGCGCCCCGCGCCCCGCUCGCCCCGUUGACCCGAUGAGCCCGCGCACGCCGCGGCGCUCGCCGCUGCUGCUCGCCCUCGCCCUCGCCACCACGCUGCAAUGCGCGGCGGGGGCGGGCGUGUUCGAGCUGCAGGUUCUGGAGUUCUCCAACUACCGGCUGCAGCUUGCGUCUGGUCGAUGCUGCGGUGGAAGUGAACCCGCGACCGUCACCUCUCCGACGGUUUCCACACCUUCUGCAACCUGCGCACGUCCGUGUCACACGCGGUUUGCCCUGUGCCUUAAGGAAUACCAGUCGGCGGCGGCACCUGGAGCCUGCUCAUUUGGCCGAGCGGCUUCCCCCGUUCUCGGCACAGACUCGUUUACGCUCGCCGACCCGCUAUACACGCUCGCGUUGCCUUUUUCGUUCCGUUGGACGCGCUCCUUCACGCUCAUUCUGCAGGCCUACGACGAUUACGACUACGUGGGCGGCGUCGACGGUGAGACUGGGCUUAUCGAACAAGCGUGGUGGUCUGGGAUCGUGGAGCCGGGUUCCGAAUGGCACGCUCUAAGACACGCCGGGUCUGCUGCCGCAUUGGCCUACCGCGUGCGAGUCCUGUGCCAGCCUAACUACUACAACACCACCUGCACCAGCUUCUGCCGCCCGCGUGAUGACAAGUUCGGCCACUAUUCGUGCUCGCCGCAGGGCGACAAGCGGUGCCUGCCUGGCUGGCAGGGUGAUAACUGCGAGAAACCAGUCUGCAAAGAAGGAUGCCACCCGGCGCAUGGCCGUUGCGAUCGUCCCGGGGAAUGUUUGUGUCGACCGGGCUGGCGCGGUGACCUGUGCGCACAAUGUCAGCCUUACCCGGGCUGCAAGCACGGCUACUGCAACGGCUCCUCCUGGGAUUGUACCUGUGACACUAAUUGGGGUGGCAUCCUCUGCGAUCAAGACCUCAACUACUGCGGCACGCACGAGCCUUGCCAGCACGGAGGCACAUGUGAGAACACGGCGCCCGACCAGUAUUUGUGUACGUGCGCCGAAGGCUUCUCGGGCGCCGACUGCGAACGAGUCGACAACCCUUGCGCCCCACAGCCUUGUGCGCAUGGUACGUGUGAGCUAAGCGCCGCCUCUACCGGGUUUACAUGCGUCUGCGAGCGUGGCUGGACAGGCACUCGCUGCGAUCUGGAUGCCGACGACUGCGCUUCGAUACCCUGUCUUAAUGGUGCUCUCUGCCACGACCGUCUCGACGCCUUCCAGUGUGACUGUGCAGUUGGCUGGCGCGGUCUCACCUGUUCCGAGGACGUAGACGAGUGCGCCGAAGUCCAAGUUGGACCCGAGGGUUCUUUGGGACCGUGUGUCAACGCGGCGGCAUGCAACAACACGGCCGGCGGCUACUCGUGCACUUGUCUCGCCGGUUGGACGGGCCGCGACUGCGAGCACAACGUGGACGACUGCACGGGUCAGUGUCUCAACGGCGCAACAUGCAUUGACCUCGUGGAUGACUUUCAUUGUGCGUGCGCAGCCGGUUGGGCGGGACGCACUUGCGCCGAAGACGUCGAUGACUGCGCGCCGCGACCUUGCCGUAACGGCGGAGAAUGCGUGGAUCUUCUCGAUGCUUAUCGCUGCAUUUGCCCCGUUGGAUUCUCGGGCGUGGACUGCGAGGACGACCGCGACCACUGCGCCGGCGCCCCGUGUGCUAACGGCGCCACUUGCUACACGGCACAGAGCGACUACUAUUGUCACUGUGCGCCCGGCUGGACUGGAAAGAAUUGUACGCAGCGCGUCGUGCCGCCCUUGUUGCUAAAAGAACCAAACGAGUGUGUUCCGAAUCCCUGCCAGAACAAUGGAAGUUGCUCGAGCGGCCCCGGAGGCUUUUCGUGUAUCUGUCGUGAUGCAUGGACCGGAGAAACGUGUACGAAGACGGUGGAAGCGGUUUGUUCCCCACCUUGUGCCAACGGUGGUUCCUGUGCUCUGCUACAUGCGCCGUUGAAUGAGACGCCCCGCGCUCGCUGCGUCUGUGCCCCCGGCUGGGCCGGGCCCGCUUGUGAUCUGCCCCUCGCUCCUCAGGUCGUUCCUGCCGCUGGCCCUUGUCCGUGCCUACACGGCGGUUCGUGCGUGGCGGUCGGUGGCGCCUGGGCCUGCGCCUGUCGCAGCGGCUGGGGUGGCGCACGCUGUGAGAUCCCCGCCGACGCGUGUGUCUCCGCACCUUGUCGCAACGGAGCACGUUGCGUCGGCGGAGCCGGAUGGUGGGCGUGCGAGUGCCCGCCGGGUUGGGCUGGUCCCGACUGCGGCGCUCUCGCGUGCCAACCGACCUGCCCGCCGCCCUCGUUGUGCGCACCCGCCGCCAGCGCGGCACGAUGCCUCUGCCCCGCCAGGCCGUCGCACGUCGCCCGACGGUGUUUGGAACUGAUCGCCGGUCUAGGAGAAGAGAGUGAGACGAGAGAAGUCAUCGUAAUCGAUGAAACGGAGCCUGUGGCGGCAAACGCGGCGAGCGAAGGGCCCGGUGCGUGCGGUGCCGAGAACGGCACGUGGUGGUGGGGCUGCAAUGCAUGUCGAUGCGCGCGUGGUGAAGCUGUAUGCACGCGCCUCUGGUGCGGUCUGGCUGAUUGCCUGGCACCGGGUGCGCUGGCAUGUCGCACUGACGAAGUCUGCGUCCCAGCCGCGCCCUCACUUUGCCUGCGGCCGCCCUGCGCCCCGCUUGGUGAGUGUCGGCGCGUCGCAGGUCGACGCGUGGAGCCGCCCGCGUUGCCCGCCCCGGCUGCAUGCUGGCCAGGCUCGCGAGCACCGCCUCCUCCAGGGUGUGCGAGGGCGGAGUUGCGGCUCGCUCGAGAACGGUUGGCGCCGGGCGCUCACGUGGAGCGGGCGUGCGGGGCUCUGCGGCGGGCCCUAGCUGCGGCCCUAACCGAUCGUUCGACACCCGCUCCACCUCUUACUCUUCUUUGCGAUCUCGCAGCCGACGACGACGAUGCCCUCGAUUUGGCACUUUGGGCGGGUGAAGACGAUGGACGGCAGCCGCCAACCGAAGACGAGACGAGUGCACUAGCGAGUGCCGUCAAGGCGCUGAGUGAAUUGGUGGCGCGUCGCCGCCUCAACCACCACGCGCUGCUCGGUGCCGCUCUUCGCCUGCGCUUGUCUGCCACCACGCCACCUCCCGCUUCUCCCGCCGCGCCGGCCGCGGUGCCGCAGCCCGCCUCCGGUCCCGCUCUGCUCGUCUUAGCCGCCACCGUUCCGCUGUUACUCCUCGGCGCCGCCGCGGCGGCCGCUCUGCUGGUUAAGCGCCGAAGGAUCGCCGCCGCCACCGAAGAACGCACGCGACGCCACGACGAAGAGAAAUCGAACAACUUGCAAAACGAAGAGAACCUCCGACGCUACGCGAAUCCUCUGGGCGGUCGAGGUGAGGCUGAGGCUUUACCACGAGCGCACUCGUUGUACAAGGCGCAGAACGCGGACGCCCGAAACAACGCUCCAACACGCGAGAAGGAGCUCACGAAGCGAGCCCUUCCGCCGCCAGAUCCGCCGCCCGCCGCUAGGCAUCCGCCUCCCGAAAGGCUCACAGUUCUAGUCUGAACGACUCCGUUUAAGAAUUGGCACCUGCAAUACUCUGUUCUUUGCCUUGGAACGUAUUCGACUCGGUCGAGAACGAGUCAAUAUUCAUUUUGUUUAACGCUAUGAAGUCUCGGGAUAUGAUUGAUACGGACUUUGUUUUUUUGAUGAUGUUAGAUAUUGUGAUAUUUGUAAGUACCUCCAGGUGUACCUGCGCCGAGUCUGCCCCUCGGUGGAAGGUUGUGAAGGAAUGUUGAGUCGAGACAGUAUCGGGGAAAGGAUGUGUAUGGGUGUAAAGUAUUUAUUGAAGCUGUGUGAUCGUUUUUGUAAAUAUUAUGUAUUUUUGUAAAUAAUGUUAAAUGAGUUAAGAAUCUGAGAGUACUUUAAUGAAUUUUAUAAAAAAAAACUUAGAGAUGCUGUAAUAUUUUUUGUAAAAAAAAGGUUGUAUAAUUGUGAAUGAUCCAGCGAAAAUGUUGUAAUAAAAGAUUGAAAUAUUUGCAAUGUCGUCUAAUUCACAACUUGGGCCAUAACGGUUUCCCCGGGAAUUCAGGCUGAACGAUUGAGUUAUAAGAUCUUCUAGAUUUUAAGGAAGUACUUGCCGCAGCCUCAUGAUAAUAGAUGAUUUAGACAAUAAAGGAUUGAAUAAUAUACUAUAAUAUAUACUUUAUUUAGUAUAUAUGAAUGUAUACAUAGUGGGAUUUUUGAUUUCUCAGCCGGAACACAUAUUGUUAUAUUACCAAGAAAUUAAAUUAAUAACAUUGUUAUAUUGUCACGUAUACCUCACUAUAAUCAUACAAAAUUGCGAUAUUCUUGCGGUAAUCUUUCACCCACGAGUGGACACGCAGGUAUGAGAAGGAUAAAUAACAUUUAAACAUAUAUUUCUUGGAUAGGCCUUGAAAUAUACGUAAUAAAAUAUGUAAAAUGAUGCGAAAAAUGUCAACAACAGUAAUAUUCGGUAAAAACACAAGAACUAAUGGUAAUAACCACAACUGAAAAGCUUUAUUCAGAUGUAGUAGGGUCAUUGGAAAGGCACAAUGAUAAUGAUAGCUAUGUAUUAACACUACAAGGCAAACUAACCAAAAGUGCAGCAGACGUCUCAAAAUCAUUUGUAGAUAACUUUAUACUACGCUAUGGAAUACCGAAAGAAAUUGCAACGCCAGAGAAGCAGAAUUCAUGUCAUCGACUAUAAAAUAAAAAUAUAUGUUUUUAUGGAAUAUAAGAUACAGGUAUUACUUAUUCCACGUCAUUUAAUUUGUAUCGCAC